UUCAAUGAUUUAUUACCGCCACUGCUCGAUGCUGAGUUCGAGCAGGCAAAAACGACGUCGACAACAGUAGCAGCAACAAGACCAACAACAGCAACAACGACUACAACCUCAACUACUACCACGACUACUACGACGCCAGCGCCAACAACGACCCAAGCUCCGACGACGACCACAACCCCCACCAGCACAACCACCAGAAUCACUACGACCACCGAGGCAACAACUAGUACAACCACCUCAGUAAGAGCGCCAUUAACAGCGGCGCCACCGAAACCAACUAAAGCUGCAACAGCACAACAACUAAAGAAGUCACAAUUCCAAUUGGAACAGCAAAAGCAACAGCAGCAAAAUCAACAACAAAAACAACAGUCCUUGACAUUACCAACGUUAGAUUUAAAUCCAGAAGUGCCACCACCAUUGCCUGAUGCAGAAGCACCGGUAGCGCCGGUCAAGGUGCCAGAGUUUAAACAAGCCGCUUCCACGCAGCAUUUGCAACAUGUGCAGGCAGCGCAAACACAAUUUCAUACAAUACAACAACACUUACAGCCACAAAAGCAACAACAACAGAAGCAACAGUUUGCCAAGCAAUUUCUGCAACAACCACAAAUACAGCAUAAGUUGCAGCCACAAGCUGCUGCAACUAUCAACAAAGUGGCACAUACACCGCAGCAGGCACCACAAGUACGCCAGCAGCAGCAGCAAGUAAAUAUCGAACAACUACAACAAUAUCUUCAAUACGUUUAUCAUCCGACGACACGUCGGCCAUCACGCGGCAUGUUGCCCACACUGACGCCAUUUCCGCGGCAUUUGAAGUGAAGUGAAGUGAAGUGAAGUAAAGUGCCGUGUGGUGAAUAAAACUUUGCGAUGGCUUGCCCACCACCAUCACACUUCAAGAAGACUUAACUUAUUCUCGCGAUAACUUAAACCCACUCAACUCAUUUUCAGUGAUUAACUAGUUAGUUUUAUGGAAAAUAAUAUGAAACGAAAAGGCAACGAAGCGAAAUAUGGAAUCUUAAUGCCGGCAAGUUUAUAAAUAAAUAUUUUUUAUUCACAUACUACAUACAAAACAUUCAAAUAUAAGUUAAAUAAAAAAAAAAAUAAUUAGCUGGUUUUUAAUAUAGUGUUUUAAAUAAAUUUAUUCGGAAUGAAUGUACCCGUUGAUU